AUGCAACUCUCCGAUUUUGUCUAUACAUCUCCGCCAGGUCGCUACUUCAUCGACGAGGAUUCCCCUUCGCCGCCUGCUUCGCCUUUGCAGCAUACCUCGGACUUCAAACGAUCAGACUUUGGAAUCUCUCUCGAGGACUUUGAGCCGCACACGACCCACGUCGAGGAGCGUCAUCGUUCGCUUGAGAGAACCCACUUCAGGAACCCUUCACUCUCACCUGAAGGCUCUCAGUCUUCGCCUUCGUCUUCCCAGCAGUCCCAACCAUCCACAGGCGACGAGGGACGCGCAUCAGCCGCGCAUCGCUCUGAAUAUCCUUAUGAUCUAGCCUCAGUCUCAAGCUAUCCACUCGGCCAGGGCAACACCCAAGCUCUGUCAGGCUACCAGUCCUCGCCCGCCACUAUCGAGAGUCUCACGCUGACGCCCGAUCAGCCAGACUGUGAGGCUCUGUCAAGCCGACCAGAGAGGCACUUCAAGUCCGAAGAAGUCGAGAUGCUCGGCCUCAGCAUCACAUCAGACUCGCCUGUGCUCGCUCCAGGCUCCAAGAAUGGGCAGAAGCGCAAAGUCAAAGAUGAAUCGCCUCCCUUCUUCUUCGACGCGCCCUCGCCCUCUGAUCCGUCUGCGCUCAACUCGCUCAACCCAAGUGCGGGUCAGACGCCCGGCAUAGCCGACUAUGAGCUUUCGACCUCCUUCUGGACCUCGCCCAGAGGCAUUCCCUCGCCGGCCCAGCCUCAAGCACGCACAUCCAGUCGUGCCUGGGGUGACUCCUACACUGGCUCGCCUCAAUCUAGUUCUAGUCAUCCUGCCGCAUCGCCCGCCUCGGCUCUGGCGCGUGCGCAGCAGGUCGACGUAUCGCUGACUUCGCCAGGUGCAUACGCCAGUGCAAUGCGAACACCCUCUUCACUGAGAGCUGUCACCGACGAAACAGAUAUGCUCAAUCUGACCAGUCCGAAUCCGCCCGUUCUCUCUUUAGGCAACUAUACCUCGCCAUCUUCUAGCGCAUCGCAAUACUCACUGUCACCCAUCACCACGCUGAGCGAAGCAUCUCGACCUCUAUUGAAGCAAGAGACCUCUUUCAAGUCAUUCACAUCGAGCGAUUCAGCACGAGAGCGCGACCCAAGCCCUACGUAUUCGCAUCGAUCAUACCCGCCCACGCUUCCCAUCGAGCAGGGUCGCAAGUAUAUCAAGGUGCCCGUGACAGGCUCGGGAAGUCUUCAUGCCAUGCGUGCACCCCCAGUGUCGACGGAGCAAGUUCUGCCAGAGGGCCUAGCUUCGCUAGAUGCCGCGCACACUUCACGACCAGUCUCGCCGGCUUCGUUCACCCAUCGUAGCGUUCGCUCAUCGCGACAGGCGACCGUGGCUGCGGCACAGCAUAGCAAUCCAGGCUCUGCGAAUUCGACGGCGUUCAAUACUGCGGCCAACUCGCCCAUCAGCGGCUCAAACUCGAACGGUGACGAUCUCGACCCGUAUACCCCGUCUCACUAUAUCAGUUCAGAAGUGUCGAGCCUCGUUCUAUACCCCAAUGCGCUGUCGUUGCCCCAGUUGCUCAUCAUCGGCUUGCCGGAAGAAGGCGCAAAGAGUCGCGUCGAGACACAGCUUAAGCUCGCUCUCUCGCUCGUCAGAGCAAAGUCGAGCGCUCGUUUCGCGAAUGAUCUCAGUCUUGCGCCUCAGACGUACUUCGAUCAAUUUCAAUGGCGCACGCCAGAAGGCCAUCUUCGAACAGAUACUGAUCGCGAUCUCGAGCGAAUCAGUCAAUGGAAGUGGAUCAAGCUACCCGCUUAUGCCGCCGUCAAACGGAAGAAUCGCAAGGCGGACACGAUCGACAGACUGCCCGAAGAGACACUCUUCCUCGAUUGCUGCGUUCUCAAGAGUACCGAGCCUCACGAGGACGUGACCGUCUGCGAAGGUUGUCAAGCUCGCGAGACGAAACGCGCCCAACGCAGAGGCGACACUCGCCGGAAAAUGGCCACCGAGCAGGACAGCCGGCUUGAGCCGGACGAGGUCGCCGCAGAAGCUCAAAAGAUACUCGUCUUCAAUUGCAAUGAAUAUCUCGACUUUGAAGGCGGCGAGACCAAUCUGCCUGCUCGCAUCACUUGCUACUGUCGACAUCAUGGCGAGAAAGUCGGCUUUUCCCUCGUCUUCACUCUCAGGGACCACUUUGGUUCGAUCGUUGCAUCGAGUCACAGUCCACCGAUCAUGCUCACAGAUGAUCACAAGGCUAAGAACGUCGCGCCAGCCAGGAAGCCCGCAAAAAGUGCACGUGCAAGCCAGAAGAGCCAGAGAGGCACGGGCUCAUCUCGCGGCUCAUCACGCAAGAAUUCGGCGACCGAGAGCAGUGGCGCCGAUGAGCCUCAGGCACCAUCUGCCGAGGCCACCACGCCGACGUCACCCAAGCGCGUGCACGCGAAGCCCUACGAUGCAGAUAGCCGGCCGAAGAAGCGCCUUCCGUCGUCUUCGUUUGCCAUGACGCCACUCAACGUGUCUCGUGGACAUAGUCCUACGCAUUCGCGACACUACUCCCUGCCAAAUCUACGACAAAGCUCACAGUCUGCGCCAGCUACGCCUUCCGGUCUGCCUGGCACCCUGGAGAAUCUCUUAUCGAUCAACAACAGCACGCAGUCGCAAGCGCCGUCCUUCUUUUUCGGCAAUCUCGAUGCUGCCAAUCGCUCGCCCAAUAAUGCGCCUUUCUCGCUCCAGUCACCCCUCACGUCAUCUGCCACCGGUCUUGGUCUGACCGUGCCACGAGACCGCGCACAGUCUCUAUCCACACAAGCAGAAGCUGAAGAGCUGACUCGUCAGUUGGCAAGUAUGCGCGCGCCUGCAAGGGCAUCAGAUGCGAUGGACCUUGGCGACAGCAGCGAGGCUGCUACGCCCACCAUAUCGCGCAUCAUACCUCAUGAGGGCUCUAUUCAAGGCGGCAUUGAAGUCACAAUCCUAGGACAGAACUUCGCGCCUGGCAUGGAGCUGUUCUUUGGCGACAUGCCAGCGGCCCCAGUCCAGGUCUGGUCCUCGUCGACGAUCAUUUGCACACUUCCGCCAAGUCCCUGCGCUGGCCCUGUGCUAGUGUCGUUCCGCGGCGCGCCUGCUACAACAGGACGAGAAGUCAAGUUCUUCAACUACUUGGACGUCACUGAUCGAAAUCUGAUGGAACUUGCUCUGCAAGUGGUUGGGCUUAAGAUGACGGGCCGCAUUGAAGAAGCGCGAAACGUCGCUCUGCGAAUCGUCGGCAAUACUUCGGCAGGGCAAGGCCCGAAUGCGGACGCGAGUAUGAGCUCAGGCACUCAAGCAUUGGAUGUCGUCUCGCUCGUCAACACGCUGAGCCUGAUGACGACUACAUUCCACGGCAGCGCAGGCAGUCGCUCAGUCUCGCGCAAAUCUUCAGCAGUGUCUCUGAGCGCACCUGUUGUGGCCAAAACGGCUCGAGACUUUCAGUCAAUCGUCAUCGAAUUUCUCUCGUUACUCGAUUUGAGCGCAGAGGAAUUCCCGUCGGCUGACUCCGCCAAUUUCAAUCCACUAUCGUUGGCAGACAGCGAGAGGCAUACCUUGCUUCACCUUGCGACAGUCAUGGGCUUCGAUCGACUAGCAGGUUGGCUACUCGAGCAUGGUAUCGACUUUGAUGCACCAGAUCGCGGUGGCUUUACGGCGCUUCACUUUGCCUCAAUAUCCGGUAGACUUGCGAUUGCACGUCUGCUUGUUGGCGCUGGCUCGGCAACCUAUCUGCGGGCCAGUGCCGGACACACUUCUGCCGACCUCGCACGUAUGCUACAUCAGCAAGACGUGCUGGAGCUACUGACAGCUCGGUCUGCACCCAGCACACGGUCCCUCCGGCGCGCAGCGUCGCUUGGCGAGCCAGACGCUGCAUCCGAUCAUGCAUCCAGUGACGGCCGGUAUGAUGACGACGACAACGAAAGUGACGGCAGCAGCUAUCGAGGGUCCGAUGCGGCCUUCGAAGCAUCCGAGUCUGACAUUGAAAGUCGCUUGUCACGUAACGCUUCGUUCACUUCGCUCGAGUACGUCCAGACAAAGCGCGUGCGACGUCCACAAUCAUCUCUGGCUCUGGCUACAACGGCUUGGGUAAGCAAACAAGCUACUUUGUCGAGAGAUGCGGACAGCGUGCCGUUGUACCCUCUCAAUCACGCAUCACUGCCGCCGGCGUCCAGCAAACAGCUUAGUUCGACCGUCCUACAAGCAAAGCUGGCCAGGCGGUUAGGCUAUACACCCGAGCACCUGAGCGAGGGAAUCGUCGAGUCAUAUCGCUAUCAUUCGUCAAAGUAUCAGAGUCUCAAGCAAGAUCGCAUGCUCUAUCUCUGGUGGCUUCCCGUACUCCUCAUCGGACUGUCCUAUGCAAUCUUCCAAGGCUUUGAUCUCAUUCUUCGACCUGCGCUUACGAACUUCCUGCCAAAGUACGCAUUUGCCACGCGCUUGUAUUGA